GUUAAGCUCAUGGCAGUGGUGUAGGAGAUCAGAGGUUCUGCCUUUUAAAGAGGAAGUCUUCCAUCCGCUGGUGAUUUACAAGAGCCUUGUUCGUCCUUGGCAACCGGAGAUGAUGUUGCUAUGGAAAUACCUAUUGCUGCUAUCAUUCCUUGGCUGUCUUGCAGAGAAUGGCAAGCUUCAUGGACCAGCCUUCAUCCUUGAGCCAAAUGACGCUGUGUUCCCUGUGGAUUUAACAGAGAAGAAGGCAAUGCUGAACUGCGAAGCAAGAGGAAACCCAGCACCACAUUACAGGUGGCAAAGAAACGGAUCGGACAUCAACAUAAACUUGGAUUACCGCUACAGUUUGGUCGGAGGGAGCCUGCUGAUAACUAACCCGAUUAAAAGCCAGGACUAUGGAACGUACCAGUGCUUUGCAACCAAUUCCUUAGGCACAAUCAUGAGCAAAGAAGCAAAGCUUCAGUUUGCAUAUCUUGAAAGCUUCAAAGGGAAAUCGAGAAGCGCCGUGUCCGUCCGCGAGGGGCAAGGAGUCGUUCUGCUUUGUGGUCCACCGCCUCAUUCUACAGAAAUGAAAUAUAACUGGAUCUUUAAUGAGCUUCCAACCUAUGUGGAACAAGACAACCGUCGCUUUGUGUCUCAGGAGACUGGGAACUUGUACAUAUCAAAAGUGGAGACGUCAGAUGUCGGGUCCUACAUCUGUAUGAUAGAAAGCACAGUCACAAACAGAAGAGUCCUCAGUCCACCUACUCCCCUAGUGCUACGGACUGACGGGAUAAUGGGUGAAUACGAACCAAAGAUUGAAGUUCGCUUUCCAGAAACAGUUCCUGCAGCAAAAGGAGCAACAGUGAAGCUGGAAUGCUUUGCACUGGGAAAUCCGGUCCCUACCAUCACCUGGAGGAGAAAUGGCAGAAGCUCGUUCCCUGACAAGGUCAAAGUCAACAAAACAAACGGCGUUCUCGAAGUACCAAACUUCCAGCAGAGAGACGCAAGUUCGUACGAGUGUAUCGCUGAGAACUCGAGGGGGAAGAACACAGUGAAAGGACAGCUGAUUUUUUAUGCGCGUCCGAACUGGAUCCAGAACUUAACCGACUCUUACAUGCCGAUCGAAGAAAACCUACACUGGGUUUGCAAAGCGAAUGGUGAGCCCAAACCGUCUUAUAGGUGGCUGAAAAACGGGGAACCCUUUCUAAUAGAGGAAAGAAUUCGAAUAGAAAACGGGGCACUUAUGAUCAGCGCUGUUGGAGUAUCAGAUGCUGGGAUGUAUCAAUGUCUGGCAGAAAACAAACAUGGAGUGAUUUAUACCAGUGCUGAGCUUCGAGUUUUAGCAUCCGCUCCGGAUUUUUCCACGAGCCCCUUGAAGAAAUUAACACCCAUUAGCGUGGGCGGUGAGGUUAUCAUCGAAUGCAAACCGAAAGCUUCCCCAAGAGCAACCAUUUCUUGGAUGAAGCAAAAUGAGAUUCUACAAGAAAAUGAAAGGAUUCUCAUUCUGGAGGACGGCAGCCUGAGAGUAGCCAACGUGACAAAGAGAGAUGGGGGUCUCUAUACGUGCAUCGCUCACAACAGUUUCGGGUCAGCAAACAGCACGGGGUCCCUGGUGGUCAAAGAUGCGACGAUAAUCACCAUCCCGCCGUCAGACAUGGACGUGACGGUAGGCGAGAGCACCAUCCUGCCGUGCCAAGUCUCGCACGACCCAUCGCUGAACCUCGAGUUUUCGUGGUCCUUCAACGGCCAAGUCAUCGACUUCAAGAGGGACGGGGAUCACUUUGAGAAGGUCGGAGGGGGCUCGAGCGGUGACCUGAUGAUCAGAAACAUUCAGCUGAAGCACGCGGGCCGAUAUGUGUGCAUGGUGCACACGACUGUGAACAGAGCCUCAGCCGGAGGAGACUUAAUCGUACGAGGGCCGCCUGGUCCUCCAGGGGUUGUGAUAGUGGAAGAGAUUACAGAAUCUACAGCUGAACUGUCCUGGAGCUCUGGUAUUGAUAACCACAGCCCUAUCUCCAUGUACACAGUGCAAGCCCGUACUCCCUUCUCAGUGGGUUGGCAAGCACUGACUGCAGUUCCCGAGGUCAUUGGUGGAGAUGCUUUGAGAGCCACAGUCAUCAACUUAAACCCCUGGGUGGAGUAUGAAUUCCGUGUCGUUGCUACUAACAGCAUCGGCAUCGGAGAGCCAAGCCUUCCAUCGGAAAAAUCACGAACAGAAGAGUCCUUUCCUAAGAUGGGACCUGCUAACGUCAGUGGGGGAGGUGGCAGUCGGUCUGAACUGGUAAUAUCAUGGGAGCCAGUGCCUGAGGAGCUGCAGAACGGAGAGGGCUUUGGCUACGUGGUUGCCUUUCGGCCCCUGGCGACUACCAGUUGGAUGAAAGCGGCCGUCACGUCCGCGGACACUUCGAAGUACGUCUUCCGGAACGAAAGUGUGGCUCCUUUCUCUCCCUACGAAGUGAAAGUGGGCGUUUACAAUAACAAAGGAGAGGGUCCCUACAGCCCCGUCAUCACAGUGUUUUCCGCUGAGGAGGAGCCAAGUGUCGCGCCAUUCAACGUCUCGGCCAGAAGUCUGUCCGCUUCGGAGAUAGAGGUGCUGUGGGAAGCUGUGCCUUGGGAAUCGAACAAGGGAAAGGUGCGAGGUUACGAGAUACAGUACUGGACAGACGACGAGAGCGAAGAGACGGCGGAUAAAUUCAGAUCAGACGGAAACAACACAUCAGCAAAGGUCCCAGGCCUGAAAGGCAGCACUCUGUACAACAUCAUCGUUAAAGCCUACAGCAGUGCGGGAACCGGACCUGCCAGCGCUCCUAUUAAUAUUACAACCAAGAAACCACCACCAAGCCAAGCACCUGGGAAGAUUUGGUGGGAAUCGGCCAGUUCCAGGGUGGUUUUAAACUGGGAACACGUCAAGGCAAUGGAAAAUGAAUCUGAGGUGACAGGAUACAAAGUUUUAUACAGAAAGAACAGACAGAGCAGCACACAAGUGAUAGAAACCAACAACACGUCUGUGGAGCUCACUCUCCCUGAUGAUGAGGACUAUAUCAUCGAGGUGAAGACAUUUAGCGACGGAGGAGACGGUAUCAGCAGUGCUCAAAUCAGAAUUCCAAGAAUGUCAUACCCAAGUGGGGGAAGAUCCGGUGUCUCAACAUCAAAUGUAUGCACACUGUCAGCCUUCAGCACGAUAGUGCUCUCUCUCUCAGCCCGAUCGUCAUUAUGGUGAAAGCAUACACUACCGACCGAUGUCAAGCUUACCCGAUGUCAAAUAUAAUCAGUCAACAAUCUAAAGACUUAUAAUGAGUAAAUCUACAAAAAUUCCGCUAGUGUGCAUUUACUUAACCACCAAUGUUAUCUUUUCCUAUAAAUCUUUAUUACUGUACGCUAUGUCAUUUCAAAUUUAUGUGGACACGCCUGUAAUUACCAAUGCCAGUCAGCUACCAGAUUAAAUUGACCAACCUGUUCUUUGCCUGAGAUCUCGUUUGGGCCUUUACAAAUGCACUAAGUCAACACCUGAGGAAACAAAAAACAUCAGCGAAUCGAUGUUACCAAAGCGUGCAACCUAGCAGUUUGCAUAUAAUGUACAGACGGUUAUAUUUAUACACCUGAAAUGUUCAGUAUUUUGAGAGUUAUUAUUUAGCACAAUCAGUUAAUGUAUCUUGGAAUGUGUCGUAGCUUUUUACAUUGUAAUACAAUUUCACGUACCUGAAAAGUCACUGUUGCUUGUACUAAGAUAGGAGAUUUAACCAGAUAACAUUGGUGCAAUAGUUCUACCUUAAAUCACAAAGGUUGCUCUAAAAAAAAAGCAUCCAGGUACAGUCAUAACAAAUGAAAAGUAAAAUAUGUAUUUGUUUAAACGGUCCACUAUGUGAAAUGAUUUUUCUGUUAUUUUCAGUCGGUUUCAUUUGUAGCUGCGGGAAGUAAAACAGAACCUAGUGCACUCGAGUAGUAAGGCGUAAGGCAAUGUUAUCCAAAUAGGAUGUUUUCCAAGGUUAUAAGCCUGAGGACUUGAGCGCACAGAUGUGAUACUGACAACAACUUUGGCGUAGAGUGAGGGAGGGGGAAAGUGAAAGAAACAAAGCUACAGAUGAGCAAAAAAAAUAUAAAACGUUAAGAAAAAAAAGUCAAAACUAUAAUGUUGCAUGUGGAGGUGCAUUUAUAUUGCUGUUAAAUUAAUGUACAUAAAGUUUUACAGUGCAUAUUUGUAAAUAAGUGUCUUGAGCAACAUGACUUUACAAGGGGCACUGUUACUGUAUUAGACAUAGGGUGGCCAAAUGAGCCCACAUUUGUCUAGCAGAUUGAAUCUUUACGGUUGUCAUUUGUCUUUUAGAAGUUUGAUCUGCUUUCGGGAAGAAAAAAAGUAAUGGUUUUGCAAUUAUGUUUUCUAAAACCUCAAAUCUGUUUUAUAUUUUUCAUUCGUCUGUUAUGACUGGCCGCUGUUAAAAAAAAAUGUAGGCAGCAGUAUUUACAUUUAAAUAUUGUUUGCUUAAUUGUGUAAAUAGUAAUUUGACAGAACCCUUUGAAAUAAAUCUGUCUUGGAACAGUUUUUUCCCCCUUCUCCCUCCUUGUCUUACUAAUUCCAUAAACUACUGCUAUUUUAUAUUUUCUACUGAAUACAGUAACAAAUUUUUUUCUAACUUUCUACGAGACAUUGUCAAGGUGUAUAAUAGGACCCACUUCUGAAAUGUGAAGGUUUGUAAAAUGACGUAAAUUCUUCCAAAUUUUGGAGUUGUUUCAGAGUUUUUAAUGGAAACCUCCACCUGGGUCUCGAUUUACUCUUACCAUUUUGGAAUUGGGUUGGAUUGAAGAAAGCCUUUCAUUUCUCUCGAUCUCAACCUUCCAGAAUACUGACCCUAUC